AUGAGCGGAUUCAACGCACUCUCCAAGCCGUUAAAACCUCGAUCGGAAGUUGCUGUACACACUAUCCAUCCAACACUUGAAGAAAAACCCCGUGCAAAAUAUAGUGUACCAGAUUGGUUCAAUCACAAUUAUGCUAUUUCAUACGAUGCUGAACGUAGUAGAAAUGUUUCACAUCAAGUACGGCAAGAUGGUCGAAGAUUAACCAAUGAAACAUACAAUGAAUCAUGGUGGAACAAACACGACAAUGAUGUGCGUAUCUCGGAUCGUCUUGAUGAAAUCGAUAAAUGGCGUAAAACACUUGAAUAUACAAUUCAAGACAUUGAUCGCGAAAUUCAAGCCAUUCAAACAGCUAAAGAACAAUGUGAACGUUAUCUAGCACAUAUGCGAAGCCCGUUAGAUGUUGCACUAGAAAACCACGUUACACGCGAUGGACGCAAAGCAAUCGACAAUGUUGAUGACGAACCUGAACGUGAAUUGAAAAAGGUAUGUUAUUCGAUCGGAUACACUAACAUGCGAUUUUUCGCCCAAACGAUAAACCAAUUGGAUUCGUUCAAUAUCAUGCACUGCUGA